GCGAGAGCAGAGACACUUGGCGCCAAGAGGAGAGGUGGCACGCUCAUCAAGGACGACCGAGGUUGAUUAAGAACUAUACGUAUGAGAGAGAACCGACUAUGAUGAUAAUUAUGAAGCAUCUAUGGAAAGACGCCGACUGGCAAUGGUCAGGAACCGAUUGACAGCCAAUGAUUUAAACUAUCCAAAAACAGAAAGUCUGAAUUUAAAGGACUAAAAUACAUGCAUACAAGAAUGGCAGUGCUUCAUACGAGAACAAAGAUAACUUUUCACUCAUAUACCUUGUGGUUUGGCUAAGAGGGAACCCGUAAAAACUGAGACACUAACAGGGGAAACCUUAACAUUAUAGUGCGCAAUGAACUCGUCGGAGCUGACUAACUUCGGUGAUGGUGAGGGGUUUUUCAAUAAUGGUGAGGGGUUUUUCAACAGAUCGGAGCAAACGGCGACAUCUGAUAAACUUUUGUUUGGGAUUGGCAUGGACAACUUCAUUACGCUACUAGUAUUUGGACUAAUUUUCACGUUGGGUGUGAUGGGCAACUCCAUGGUCAUCACCGUUCUUGCCAGGAGCAAGCCAGGAAAACCACGGAGCACCACCAACAUCUUUAUUCUAAACCUCAGCGUUGCUGACCUUUCUUACCUGCUCUUCUGCAUUCCGUUUCAGUCUACAAUAUACAUGAUGCAAUCAUGGGUACUUGGUGCCUUCAUAUGUAAAUUCAUCCAUUACUUCUUUACGGUCUCUAUGCUUGUCAGUAUCUUCACUCUGUCUGCUAUGUCCGUGGAUCGCUAUAUUGCCAUAGUUCACUCGAGAAAGUCGUCCUCCAUCCGUGUGGCGAGACAUGCCCUGGUUGGGGUGAUAAUUAUUUGGAUCCUCUCCCUAGCAAUGGCAGCACCUGUGGCUCACUAUCAGGAUCUGUUUGAGAGAGAUAAUAGCACCUAUUGCUGGGAAGUAUGGCCCAACCCAAACCAUAAGAAGAUCUACGUGGUGUGCACGUUUGUCUUCGGUUAUGUCUUGCCCCUUUUACUGAUAUCUUUUUGUUACGCAAAGGUCCUAAAUCACUUGCACAAAAAACUCAGAAACAUGUCAAAAAAAUCAGAAGCAUCUAAGAAAAAGACCGCUCAGACAGUGCUGGUGGUGGUUGUGGUCUUCUGCUUGUCCUGGCUACCCCAUCAUGUGGUCCAUUUGUGGGUGGAGUUUGGGAAUUUUCCACUCAACCAGGCGUCGUUCGUGUUUCGGGUGAUGGCCCACUGCCUGGCUUACAGCAACUCCUCUGUCAAUCCCAUCAUCUACGCCUUUCUGUCGGAGAACUUCCGCAAGGCGUACAAACAGGUGUUCAGGUGCCAGAUCACCAGUGAAUCUCCCCUCAAUAACAUCAAAGAGAUCCGGAACAAGGCUGACACACCACCCUCCACCAACUGCACCAAUGUCUGACUGCUUGGCAGGCUUGGCUUGGCUGACGUUUGUGCCUCUUGUGCUGCCAUAAAGUAGACUCAAGACUUGUGAGGUUGGCUGACAACCCAGUAGUUUUGCUUCUGAUAAAUUCAAGAAACGGACCAGUGUUUGUACAUUGAACAUACUGUAUAGCUCCAUGUCUGUGCUGCAACAUGUCUAAAUGCUCUGAAUAGGGCCCAAAUUAAGCCCAGUAUAUAUAUAUUGAUUUUUUUUAUUUUUUUGCCCACUCUACUAAUGUUUUUUUUUCACAAUCUUGCUUCACAUAUAGUAAGCUGUAGUACUGAAUAUAUACGCAUAUUUAUUUCUAUUGAACCAGAUAGCAUUAUUAAUGCAUGUCUAGUUGAAUAAAAUAUAUACUAAAGAAAGUUAAUUUCCCUCUGCGAUUUUUGGUUUGAUGUUGACAGCUGGAUACAAAGCUCCUCUUUUAUUGCAAUCUGUCUAUCUGUGAUUGUCUGAGUUUUUUUUUUUUUAGAACUGCAAAAACAUAAAUAUUUAGAGGGUGACGUCUGGAGUCAUCUUAAGAGAUUGAGGUGAUCUAAUAAUAAUAAUAAUAAUAAUAAUCUUUAUUUAUAUAGCACUU